CCUUUUGGAGACUUUUUGUGUGAUUCGCCAUAUCAACUUAUUUUGUCAGCAUUUGCAUUCAUGAAGGAUUCUGAGCAACAAGUUUCAUUCAUGAUUUGGACGGGAGAUAGUCCUCCUCAUGUUCCAGUGAGAGAGCUCUCCACGAAGUUGGUCAUCGACAUYAUUGGCAAUAUGAGCUCUACAAUACGUCACUUCUUUCCAGAUCUUCAGGUUUUCCCAGCAUUGGGCAAUCAUGACUACUGGCCACAGGAUCAGCUUCCUGUAACUACYAGUGAAGUUUACAACGCUGUAGCAGAUUUCUGGAAACCUUGGCUAACUGAUGAUGCAAUCAGUACCUUCCGAAAAGGUGGCUUCUACACACAGCUACUCCAAUCCAAUGUUAGCUCUUGGCCGCUGAGGAUAAUCAGUUUGAACACAAAUUUAUAUUACAGCCCCAACAGUGUAACUGUGAAUAUCAGUGACCCAGCCAACCAGUUAGCCUGGCUGGAGGGAGUUCUAGAAACCUCGUCACAAAAGAAGGAGAAGGUGUAUGUAAUAGGCCAUGUACCAGUCGGAUACUUGCCAUAUGCAAAGAACAUUACAGCUCUGAGGGAAUAUUACAAUGAAAGGCUGGUGAAGAUUUUUCGCAAGUACAGCCAUGUUAUUGCUGGGCAGUUCUUUGGACACACGCACAGGGACAGUAUCAUGGUCCUCCUGGAUGAAAAAGAACAACCAGUGAAUUCCUUGUUUGUGGCACCUGCCGUAACCCCAGUGAAGAAUGUGUGGCAAACGGAGUCCAAUAACCCUGGUGUCAGAUUGUAUCAAUAUAAUCUUCUUGAUUAUAGCUUGCUGGAUCUCUGGCAGUUUUACUUGGACCUCAGAGACGCCAACAAGAAAAAYGAAUCCAACUGGAAAUUAGAAUAUAUCCUGACUAAAGCUUAUGGCGUUGAAGACUUGCAGCCAGGAAGCUUGUAUGAAAUAGCCAAGCAGUUGUCUCUGCCGCACAGCAGGCUGUUCGAGCAGUAUUACAGUAACUUCAUUGUGAGCUAUGACAAAACCAUUGUCUGUGAAGGGGGAUGCAAAGCCUGCCAGAUAUGUGCAAUCCAGUAUUUGGAUUAUUCUUCGUACACAGCUUGUAUCAGCCGGGAAGCAGCGUGGAGAUGAAGUCUCCAGUGCAGUCUGUGCUGAUAGUAACUUCAGCCUGUGAUUUUAGAAAACCUGCUUGUCCUCUCAAGCGCUGAUGUGCUGGUCUUCGCUGAAUUUCAGGGGGAAAAAAGUCUCCCUGUUUUUUUUUUUUUCCAGCUUGUAAACAUAUUUUCCUUCCGCAUCUAAAUAAAAGUUGAUUGACUAUGWAACACAAUAAUAGCCAGAUAUUUUGCUGUUGUUCGAGGUUCCUCUGCCCUAUCAGGCAUCACAGURUGUGGGAACAGAAGUUACUCAGUUCUUUGGAAAUCCAGAUCUCUCUUAUCACAGGAUAUCAAGUAGAUAGUAUUUAGAGAGCAUGAGUGAAUAAAUGCCUAAACAUUUUCAGAGCGUUACAUUGUAAAAAUCAACAAACGACCUCAACAGUUUAGAUGGCAUCAGGGUGUAAAGGAGAAUAGAGGAAGACCAAGACACUUCUGUAUCUGUCACUCUGUUGCUUCCUGCAUGUUCUAGAGGUGCAUCUAUCUGAUAAGGAAAUCUCUUGGGCAUCUCUUUCACUCACAGUCAAGAGGAACUGUGACAGCAUCAGUGAAGAAAAAGACUGUAACCCUCUAAGUAAGGYGAGUGGCUUUCCAACCUCACUGUCCUGUGAGAUGGAGACCAGCUUCUACCUGCUUGACACCACAGCUCUCAGCAAGAGAAGGCUGCUUUAGCCUUCAAAUGCCAAUACUUGGAAAUGAGACUGAGCUGCCCAGAAGGCAACUGCUGAAAUCCUGAAGCAUUACACCUUAUGUACAUGGAGUGUCACAUGAUCCRUGGAAAUAAG